UUUCUGCUUUAGCUUUCCGCAGACGCCCUCCUUUUUGCUAAAGCCACCUUUUUUACACUCUUUGGGACGUUGAACUUCAGCUCACAUUGCCCCGCACCUUCCCAUAAUUCUUAAACAUGGCGUCGUCACACGCUCUCUCUUCCUCCAUGGAAGCAGCUCUCUCAAGCUCCAAUCUUGUCUCUAGGUUUUCAGAGACGCCGUCAGCAUUUCAAUCCAUCAAACCGUUUAAUAGGACCAGUACUGGUAAUCUUAAGUUAAGUUUUAGCCUUCCGUCUACGAGCUCCUUUGGCUGCGGCUCUCCCCGACGAGUGCUCACCCGUGCCGAAUUGUCGGGUGAAAGCGGCUUUGAAGAAGAGGAUAGUCACGAUUUGAAGAAUGAUAAUGGAUUUUUAGUUCCUGAACCAAUUUUUUCGUUUUCACAGUCAAUUACUGGUUAUGCUAAAUGGCUAGUUCAGCUUUGUUGUGAUGGACUCUCUCAUAUUCUGAAGGAUAAUUCAGAUCAAAGAGAAACAAAGAAAAAUGGUUUGGAUCAAGCUCCAAAAGUGGUUACACCCCUUGAGCAAUCAACUGGUGGGGGUACAAGGGCUGGGCUUUUCAGAACUCCCAUUUCUGGAGGCGUACAAAGUGCAACCUCAGCUCAUGGCCUACCUAAACCUGCCUUAGCUGUCCGCAAUCUAAUGGAACAGGCUAGGUUUGCUCAUUUAUGCACUGUGAUGUCCCGGAUGCAUCAUCGGCGUGAAGGCUACCCAUUUGGUUCACUUGUAGAUUUCGCGCCAGAUUCCAUGGGACAUCCAAUAUUUUCAUUUUCGCCAUUAGCUAUACACACCCGUAAUUUGCUGGCUGACCCAAGAUGCACACUAGUUGUACAGAUCCCAGGAUGGAGUGGUUUAUCUAAUGCAAGGGUAACGAUUUUUGGUGACGUUUAUCCGCUACCUGAAGAUCAACAGGAAUGGGCGCACAAGCAGUAUAUAGCAAAACAUCAGCAAGGUCCUUCUCAACAAUGGGGAAAUUUCUUUUACUUUAGGAUGCAAAAUAUAAGCGAUAUAUAUUUUAUUGGAGGCUUUGGAACUGUUGCGUGGGUGGAUGUCAAGGAGUAUGAGACGCUUCAGCCUGACAAAAUUGCUGUUGAUGGUGGUGAACAAAAUCUUAAGGAGCUCAAUGCAAUCUUUUCAAAGCCUCUAAAAGAUCUUUUGUCGCAAGAAGUUGAGGUGGAUGAUGCUGCUUUGAUAUCAAUAGAUAGCAAGGGGACAGAUGUCCGUGUCCGCCAAGGUGCACAGUUCAAUGUACAGAGAAUAUCGUUUGAAGUCGGUCAUUCAGUUGAAACACUAGAAGAAGCCAAAGCAGCUCUCUGGAAACUGAUAAAUGGAGGCCAAGUUUACAAUUUGCAGAAAUGACCAUUGCAGUAGGCAUCUUCUUGACUCAAGGGGUCAGAAUGAUAGCUGGACCUGUCGUCUAGGGUUGUCGGUGAUGCUGUUACAAGAAUCAGUACAUCACUUUUUUCUGCGGAAGUAUUUAACUUAUAGCCUUAUAGAGGUUAUUGAUGAUGGUGGGGUGAGUUUUUCAGAAAAGUGGACCUUUGUCAACUUAAAUUUGUAGUGUAAGGUUGUUGGUGAUGGUGUUUCAAGAAUGUUCUCAUCA